AUGGCCCUGACUGAGCACAAUCCUCAGCUUUUGGCCUUUUGCUCAAGUCCGUCCAUCCGUCUGUCGGUCAGUCUCUGUCGUCGCCGGGUCAUAAAACGCUUGGGCGGGCACGGCAUCGUCAUCGGAGACGCCCGCCGAGCGAGUCCCUCCAGAGGUCACUUCAUCAACCCGAGAAGCGUCCUGCCCAAGUCCCCCGCCGCGCCGUGUCUGACACGAGAGACGGCCACGGCAAGAAAUAGCAACGGGGACUGGGAACAGUAUGGAAAAAUUGUGUCAACCAAGGCCAUCCUGGACAAGAAUACCAACCAGUGCAAAGGGUAUGGCUUUGUGGACUUCGACAGCCCAGCGGCCGCACAGAAGGCGGUGUCGUCCCUCAAGGCCACCGGCGUGCAGGCUCAGAUGGCCAAGCAACAGGAGCAGGACCCCACUAACCUCUACAUCUCCAACCUGCCAGUGUCCAUGGACGAGCAGGAGCUAGAGAACAUGCUUAAGCCCUUCGGCCAUGUAAUCUCCACGCGCAUCCUCCGAGACGCCAACGGGGUCAGCAGAGGGGUCGGCUUCGCCAGAAUGGAGUCUACUGAGAAGUGUGAAGUCGUCAUUCAGCACUUCAACGGCAAGUACCUGAAGACACCUCCAGGCAUUCCAGCCUCCUCGUUCGCCAUGGAGACGGUGCCCGCUGGAGCUCUGGGGGAAACAGUGCACCAGUCGAUCGAGAGUGUCGAUAAUUUCCCGCAAGGGACCGGCAUGGCGAUAACUUAUGACCCUGCCGCCAUGCAAAACGGGUUCUACUCCCCUCCUUACAGUAUUGCCACGAAUCGUAUGAUCGCACAGACGUCCAUCACACCUUUCAUCGGUGCUUCACCCGUCUCCACAUAUCAGGUCCAGAGUACAUCAUGGAUGCCUCAUCAACAGUACGUUAUGCAACCAACAGGUGCAGUGAUCACGCCAGCUAUGGACCACACCAUGUCCAUGCAGCCAGCCAGCAUGAUGGGGCCCCUCACUCAGCAGAUGAACCACAUGUCCCUGGGCACCACAGGGAGUUAUAUGACUGCCGCAGCUGCUGCCGCACCUAUGCAAGGGACCUACAUUCCCCAGUACACUCCUGUGCCUCCUACUGCCGUCCCUGUCGAAGGUGUGGUGACGGAUGGAUCUCCCCAGACGGUUGCACCCUCGUCACAGGAGGUUGGAGGGCAGCAGCAGCAGCUCCAGGUGGAGACGGCAGGCGAACACGUCCCCACCUACUCCUACCAGUCCAAGCCCUCAGAUAGCAACGGGACAGGGAGAAUGUACCUGUGACAGCAUUGCCUUGAGUCAGUGGGAGAUGUGGCCGCACUGAGAAUGAAGAGAGAGGAACUGACAGAUUGCUUCCAGAUCGCCCAGGCACCCCCCCAAAAAAAGAAAAAAGACAAAAAAAUUAAACAAAAAAAAAAAAACUAGAAAAAAAAUGUAAAAGAGAUACUUUUAUCACGUCCUACCUGGUCUGAGCACAGAGACGGAGGGAGGUUGGAAGCUCCACUUGGCGCCGUGGCAACGGUUGAUAAGGUAUCAUAUUUGGUAACAUGCCAGCUGGGAUGAGUUGAGGCUUGAAUUCUUUCUCCAAGAAAUUCCUCAAAGAGAAAAAAAGUAUAAAAUUACAAAAAUAUAUAUAAAAAUAUAAAAAAAACAAAGGUGAGUGCACAGGUAGGGGAAAUGAGGUUUAUUUUUGUGCAGUAGAGGAAGGGAGUUUGAGAGCUACAGAUUUUUGUGCAGUAGAGGAAGGGAGUUUGAGAUUACAGAUUGUCUUCCUCAGAUAUUAAGCUACAGUUUCUUUUUCACUCUUCCUUUAUUUUUUAUUUCCUCCUGUUCAAAUUUUAGUUUUAUAGAGAUCCUCAAUAAUGUUGUGUUUUCUUCUGAAUCUUUAUUGCCUUAAUUUUGAGGACGUCAGAGACGGUGUCCCGUCCUGUGUCCUGUGUCUCGUUUGAAAACAGAAGAGUGGUUUAAUCGGUUCCUUGAAUCAUUUGAUGGUACAAGGUGCUAAAAAAUGUCUAGCUAGAGAGAUAAACCUAUCAAAUAAGCUGUACAGAUUUCAUAGACAUGAGCUUUUCAUUUCUUCAUUUGAAGAAAACAAAAAUGUUUUGGGGGAAAUGUUGUGUAAGAGGAAUCCGAAUUUUGAAGAGAAGAUACAAAAUGCUGUGGAAGAAGAAUAGAGGGAGACAAAGCUUCAAGAUUUUUUCACACAGAUGUUAAAGAAAAAAAAACACAUGUACUGCGUUUUAGUAAAUGCAGUUUCUUGCAAAUGCUGAACCUGUUUUUUUUAUUACCAUGGUUAUAAUUUUACAUGGCAAAAAAAUUAAUUGCUGUUGACGACUUUAGUGCUUUUUAUCUGCAACCUUUGACCUUUUUUAUGAGCUUUAAGAUGUUUUUAGCCCGCUUUGCUUGUCCCACUGCGAAAAAAAAUUAAAAAAAGGAAUAAGAAAAAAAAUAAAACAUGACAUUAAAAACCCAGAAGAAAAAAAAUAAUACUUGCAAUGAUAAAACUUCGUAGAUUCAGUAGGAGCUUAUGGUCUAAAACCAAUCAGUGCAAAAAGCAAUAGAGGAAAUUGUUGACAAUUUCUGUAGUCUUUCCUAGUUGUGGAUAACAUGCAGCCAGAGGGAUGGCCAUUUUUAUACCAAAGAUGAAGAGACACUCUGAAAUAGAGGAAUUUUUUGGUGUUUUUUUUUUUCUUCUUUUUUUCCAAAUAUUUGAUUUUUUUUUUCCUGUUGAUGUCGGUGUUGAUGUUGAUUGUUGAUAUUGAUUGUUGUUGUAGCUGUUGUCAUUGUUGUUUCUGAUUUGACCUUGAUGGCCGGCCCAGUUUGUUCUUUCUUUCUCCGUUUUACCUCUGUCUUUCUCUUUUCCUGUUUCUUCAUUCUAAAUGGUCGAAGCUACCCUCCAAUGUUAUUGUAUGCACCACAGAGAGUAAAUAGGAUCUGAACAGAUGCAGAUACAGAUGGUUUUAGUCAAAAUAGCCCACUGAUCAUCCCACAUUAGAUAUUAAAAACAGAGAAACAGGUAACCAGGCACAGUGGUCCACUAGAGGAGAGGCACUCAUUAUUUCAUCAUAAUUACAAGGCAUCACUAAUGAAUGAAUAUCGGGCCCAUGUCUUUUCUUAGUAUUGACUGAGAGAUCUAUAACGUUUUUGUUUUUUUUGUUGUUGUUGUUGGAGGGGGGGGGGGGGGGUUCUUAUUUCAUUCUCUCAUUCAUUCUUUAAACAAAAAUAAUUUCAGAGACACAGUUGUCUGCUUUUUUUCAACCCAGACUGACAUAUCUUGGCCAGACACUGAGGUUAACCUAAAGACUAGCCACGACCAUCAGUGUGGUAUGUCUCAACAUGCAGUCUUGAGCAAUAUGUUCUUGAUCACAAACAUUGGGUGGGAAGCAUAUCAAGCAGCCCAACAAGAUACUAUUGUAAAAUGAAUCUGUAGGAUGUGGUCUUGUGUUGGAACAAACUGCAAGAGCCAAUGUGACUUGGAAACUGGGGAAUGGAAAAGCCUAGGGGAAUUCACAGACAAGCAAACAAGCACUUCUUUUAAGCAGGCCUGUCUGCUGGCACAAGCUCCACCACAGCCUACUCUCAGUGUUUCUCCAAGACUGAGCACAUAAACAGCUUUACUUCACUGGUGCACACACACACACACACACACACACUCACACACACACACACACACACACACACACACACACACACACACACACACACUCACACACACACAUUCAUAGACACAAAGACCAUGCCCGUGUAAGCUUGCAAAUGACUUCAUUCCAGCGAAUCGUCUCAGUUUAAGGGUCGGUUGGGUACUGGGCAUGCAACGCUCAUUAAAUUCUCUCAUGUCUGGGGUGCUACACUCUCCCUGUGCCUGCCUAGCCCAUAGAGUGUCUGCCUUUGUGCAGUGGCAUGAGCAAAUUAGUCUCUUCUCGGUCCUCGUGUUUUUGUUUUAAUGUCCCUUAAUCGCAUUUGGAUGGCAGUAUGACCGCCAUGCCCUUUUAGCCUCCGUGUAAAACGAGGCCGUCUAGCCUCUGUUUGACCCCCCCUUCUCUCUCUCUCUCUCUCUCUCUCUCUCUCUCUCUCUCUCUCUCUCUCUCUCUCUCUCUCUCUCUCUCUCUCUCUCUCUCUCUCUCUCUCUCUCUUUGUUUUUGAGUCAUCAGGGUCUGAACUCUUGUCCUAGGAGCAAUUUUGUGUCACAUCCCAUUGUUUGCACGCUGCGUUCUAUGACAGAUUGGUUUGAUUUCACACAAGCUUACUUUCUGGAGUCUGUGCACCCACAGCCACUUUGUGGGAAGGUCGGCGUACGCGUUGAAACAGGAGAGGCGGACCCUUAGACACCAGGUGUUUUUUGGUGUCAUCCACACAAUCAGAGUGAAUUCUGAGUGCCUUUUACGAAGCUUCCAAAUGAUUCCAAUAUCUCUGAUACACAUGAGAGAGAGAGAGAGAUAGAGGGGGGAAAAAAAGCACAUUUCAGAACAGUCUUCAAACGGGGCGAGACCUUAUCAAAAUGAGAAGUUGCGUGUAUCAAAUCGAAUGCCACAAAUGUACAAUCUCUUCUAAGGUGCUAAGAUGGAAGCUGUCAUGGGCCUUCACCUUCUGUGUGUCUACUGCAUGCAUUCAAGCCAUGCAAACCUCUCCUGAUCAUUUGAUUGACAUCUGAUCUCCGAGCCUGCCUGCACAUCAAACUCCCAUAUAGUUAUAUUUUUUAUCAGACAUUCAACAACAGUACACCUUGUCGUUUUUGCUGCGUUGUAAGGUACACAUGCAAAAACAGUUGCAGUUGUGGCAGUUGUGUUUCGCGUUCGCUGGCUUUCACAAAAUUUCACAAAAUUGUCCUGUUCUCCUGGAGUCUCUUACUGUAUGUCUUAUGAGAGUCAGUUCUAUUGUCAAAGACAUUUGUGUUCAAGCAGGAACCAUGUGUUCCCCCCCUGAAGAACCAUUUUAAGCACCACAAGAAAGUAGCUCUCCUACAGAGAUGAGUCGAAAAACAUCUUUUUAUGUUUUACAGUGUGCGAUGGCGUGAACGCUUCGCCCCGUUGACUUGACUGUCACUGAGUGCUUUGAUAAAAGCUGAAAGCCAUGAUGUUUCAACAGCAUGAGGUAGGCUGGUACAAGGCAUCUACCUUGAGUGACAGACAUGUCGUACCAACCAGCUCUACAGAAUCCUGUUGAAAGACAAAGACACAAUUUUUGAAGAAACGGGGAAAAUGUGUCGCCAUGGUGUAUCUCAGUUUGAAGCACAUUUAAGCAUCUGUUCAGUCAAGGCAGUCAACCUAAACUGCCAUACAAGAUCUGUUUUCAUACAACUCCAGAUUUUUUACGGAAUGUAGUGGUGUGUGUAUCCAACGUUUAAACUAAAUUUAUCAUAAAGACGAUAGAAGAAGUGUAUGUUUUGAGUAAUGUUUAGAUAUGAAAUCAAAGCCCAUCGACUGCAUCACUCACUUCAAACAUGUUUGGGUGGGGGAUUGUUGUGAUGCGGUCUUUGAAAGGAAGAUAAGAGAAAGCCAUAUUUGGGACUGACACCGGAGCUGUUUGACUGAACAAAAGAAAGAAAGAAGAAAAAAGCUGACGGAAAAUGAAGUGACAGUGGUUUAGCUCAUCUUCACUUUCGUCCUACAGCGAACAGUGUCUGUGACUUUCACUACUCUUUCACUCUCACCUGUUUGUGUGCUAUUUUUUUUCUCAAUGCAGUAAUUUUCUCAACUCAAAGCCGCACUUGUCUGAUCUGGUUUGACUGGUCACUCAAAGAGUUUGUUGAUCACAAGAAAUUACAUUGUGAGUGUCUGUGUAUGUGUGUGUUUUUCUCUUUGCAAAUCAUUUUUUUUUUCUCUUCUCUUGACAUGUUUCAGAGAGAAAUGGUGUUAAAUAUGGUAUUCAUAGCUGCUAUUCAACGAUCUCUCGCCGAUCCCAGAUGUAGACCGUUAGGUGAUGUUUUGAAAGGGUUGUGUAGUGAUUUGAUGGCGAGUGUGUCUUGUGCUAGACUAAUAAAUGGUGCUUACUGCAUGGCUCCUGAGACUAACCUGUGAGAUGAAGCUUUACUGUCCACUUACAGUACCCCCCCCCCACACACACACACACACACAAACACA